CCUAAACAAGGAUUACCACAGCCCCUCUCAUCGCGUUCUGAUUUUGGACAUCACUUUUUUUCCUGUCGAAGAUUACUUUCGGAAGUUAUGCGCCGGCUGCGCGGCCGCCGUCCUUAUCCUUAUUUGAGCUCCAGGCAAAGACAAACAGAUAGCCUAACCAUGUCGGAUCAUACGUUCUAAUGGAGACGUUAAUACGUCCUGGAGACAUCAAAAAGUCUCUCAUUCUUUGGUCGUGUUCGUAUUUUCUGAGGAUAUCUAACUGCGUUCGGAGGUAUCCCCCGUCGAAAAGGAAUUUGAUAAUUGUGGGUGCAUGUUGUGUGUACUUGUUUUUCGUGGUUUCCCAGGUUGGACAUUCGUUGCUGCACCAGGAUAGACGGUUGGACAGACACCAGUACAAGAAGAGUCGGGGACUAUACACUCUGAGGUUCGAUGAUGAUAGCCCGUCGGAAACAGCCGACUCACCAACCGGUGCCAACGACGACUCUUUAUUAUCCUCGGUGGUUCCAACGCGGUCCAAUGUGGUGUACAUAACACUAAAGUCAAGGCGCAUUAAACCAGCUAUUAUAAGGGGAACAUUUAGACCGAAACUAAGGCGAAAAGCCAGGAGAACCAAACCCAAUGAGGGAUUUACGCAAAAUAAAUUUGGCACAUUGAAGAGGGAGGAAUGGAUACAAAAGCACAUUAACGGAAUCGAUAUAUCAUGGAAACAAAUUAACACCAUAAAUCAUGCAACACGGGGUGUAAGCUCGAAUUUAAAGAUGCAAACAGAACCUCACGUCAGUUCGAUCCGAAUAUACAGUGAGAGGGCACCGCCGUGGUUCAGCAAAGAGGACAUUAGUGCCAUGCGCUUUCUUGCUGAUUGUAAAAUUUCGCGCAUUCAUGAAGUGUCCCAUAAGGAAUCCAUCCCCCUCUUGCUGUUUGAAAGCACAUCACAUUUGUCCUUGAUCCAUUCUGACAAACAUAACGAUGUCAAGGACCAUAAAGUGUGUAUAGGACAAUGUGGAGUUAUCAAAAGUCCCGUAGACACGAGCGAGGUUUUCGCUUUCCAUUUGGAUAGGGUCUUGGGACUGAACCGAAGCGUGCCGGCUGUCAGCAGGAAGUUUCCGUUUGUACAAGAUGGCCAGCCCUGCCCCGUGGUGCUGUGGGAUGGUUCCCUCUCUCCAGGGGACAAUGCAGAGGGCCAGUCCACUGUGAGGAUGACAUGGGGGGAGUACCAGAGCUCCCUCAAACAGAGGUGUUGGCACAGGAACGUCACGCCCAAGCCUAACUCGGGCUGCUCCAGCAUUCACCAUUAUGAGUGGAGCAAACUAGCCCUGUUUGAUUUCCUGUUGCAGAUAUACAGCCGACUAGACCGGAACUGCUGUGGGUUCAGGCCUCGUCAGGAGGACGACUGUGUGGAGCAGGGCCACCACCUGGAAUGUGGGGAUAUGGACAGUGUGGCACUGGCCAACAUCUUCCACAGGAGUCACGACCCCAGGCACUUGGUCUUCGCUGACAACAAGGGCUUUUUCGACCGCGACGAGGACAACUUGGACUACAGACUACUGGAGGGAAUCAAGGAGCUCCCAGAACAGGCGGUGACCGUGUUGAUGAGCCAGAGGCUGAGGGAGAGGCUCCUCCAGUCACUGUUCCUGGAUCAGCUGUACUGGGAGAGCCAGGGAGGGCGGCAUGGGAUCGAGAAGCUCAUCGACGUCAUCGAGAGACGGGCCCAGGUUCUCCUCACAUACAUCAAUGCCCACGGCAUCAAAGUGGUGACCAUGAACGUAUGACAUCACAGGGUUUGGAAAAGGAGAGAAAAUGGAGAGAUUCAAUCAAACCAGCACUGUGGAAACCACGUAGCUCCUGUUUAAUUUGAAGGGAUGAGUUUUGUUUCACCCAGUUAACUGAUUGUAUUAUUUAACAUGUAGUAUAAUGUGGUCUAGAUAGAUCACUAUGUUGUUUGAAACCCACAAUUUGAAUUCCAGCCUAGAGAAGAGAUUUUCUCUUGAAGUCUGACACAGUUGAGGUGCUCCGUUUGUGUCUCCUUAUCUUGUACUAAGAUAAGGACGUAGUACUGUAGAUAUGGACAUGGAAUUUGAUAUUCCGCAAAGACCAAGGCAGUUUUAUUUUUUAAAGUUCACUUUCCAAAAGCCAAAGAAACAACUUCCAUUCCUCAAAUCAAAAUAUUUGCCAGUGGAAGAACUACCAGGGUCUCGAGGGUUUUCACUCCAACAGGACAUACUGUAUUGGGCUGAUUUGGUAUCAAGCCAGAAUCUCACAGUAUCCCUUUAAGUAACAAGCUCUGAAUUCUCAAGCUUCAAGCUGAAACAUUACUCUUAGCAUUCAUUAUACAAAGUGGCUACAGUUCUGUAUACAAUAACAGUCUUACUGUAGUCUUUCGGUUGUAUUGUUACUUUGUUAUUUUAAUAUCUAACGUUACUCAUCUACAGUAUAACUCUAAUACAGUAAACAAUCAUCUUUAGCAUUUCUUUGGGCCUUAUUCAUGUACCAUUGUAUGUAGUGCUCCUCUGACUUCACUUUACAGUAGCCUACUACUAUUUGAUGGUUUAACAUCUGUCUAACCUGCCAUAAGAAAAGGACGUUAGUUAGAAAUUAUUUUGAUAUUAUACAAAGUGUUUCAUUUGUACCGCUUAGGAUGUUAGUCAAUUUCAUUGUUUAUAUUUAUUUGUAUAUUAUUUCAUGUUGAUAAAAAAAAAAAAUGUAA